GAUGAGGGGAAUUGACGCUAAUUAAUUAAAUCGGGGUUACCACCAGCAGCGAGAGUGGUAUUCAUUUCCAGACAAAAUAAGAAACCCUGGAAUGUGGCAAAGUACAGAAAUCAAUUCGUAAUACUCCCGGAGAAUGAAUAAGGACUGAUUCAUAUAAUUAGAACAGGACUUUUCUCAAGACACAGUACUAGCCCUUCUUAAUGAGUUAGUCAAACGCAUGGCGGUGAGCAGUGCAUUUCUCAUCCCCUACUUGAUGAUGCUGGCACUAGCUGGAAUACCCAUUUUCUUCCUGGAAGUUUCACUGGGGCAGUUUGCUAGUCAGGGACCUGUGUCUGUCUGGAAAGCUAUCCCAGCCUUACAAGGCUGUGGCAUUGCUAUGCUGAUCAUCUCUGUUCUAAUAGCCAUAUACUAUAAUAUUAUUAUGUGCUACACACUUUUCUACCUUUUUGCAUCCUUUGUCCGUGUAUUACCCUGGGCUUCCUGCACCAAUCCUUGGAAUACACCGGACUGCAAAGAUAAAAGAAAACUUUUAUUAGAUUCGUGCAUCAUUGAUGACCACCCAAAUAUACAGAUCAAGAACUCUACUUUCUGUAUGAGUGCCUAUCCAAACUUGACUAUGGUUAACUUCACCAGCCAAGGAAACAAGACUUUUGUCAGUGGAAGUGAAGAGUACUUCAAGUACUUUGUAUUGAAGAUUUCUGCAGGGAUUGAAUAUCCUGGUGAAAUCAGGUGGCCCUUGGCACUUGCUCUCUUUCUGGCUUGGGCGAUUGUGUACGCAUCUCUGGCUAAAGGAAUCAAGACAUCGGGAAAAGUCGUGUAUUUUACUGCUACAUUCCCUUAUGUAGUGCUCAUCAUCCUGCUUAUCAGAGGAGUAACCUUGCCAGGAGCUGGGGCUGGAAUCUGGUAUUUCAUCACGCCUAAGUGGGAGAAACUAAUUGAUGCUAUGGUGUGGAAAGACGCUGCCACUCAAAUUUUCUUCUCAUUAUCUGCUGCGUGGGGAGGUCUAAUUACUCUCUCUUCAUAUAACAAAUUCCAUAAUAAUUGCUACAGGGACACAUUGAUAGUCACAUGCACCAACAGCGCCACAAGUAUAUUUGCAGGCUUUGUCAUCUUUUCAGUUAUUGGCUUCAUGGCAAAUGAACUCAAAGUAGAUAUUGAAGAUGUGGCAGACCAAGGUCCUGGCAUUGCCUUUGUGGUUUAUCCUGAAGCCUUAACCAGGCUUCCUCUCUCUCCGUUCUGGGCUAUAAUAUUCUUUUUGAUGCUUCUAACUCUUGGAUUGGACACUAUGUUUGCCACUAUUGAGACGAUUGUGACCUCCGUUUCAGAUGAGUUUCCCAAGUACUUGCGUACCCACAAACCACUGUUCACUCUUGUUUGCUGCAUUUCCUUUUUCAUCAUGGGAUUUCCUAUGAUCACUCAGGGUGGACUGUACAUGUUACAGCUUGUGGACACUUACGCAGCGUCUUACUCUCUUGUCAUCAUUGCCAUCUUUGAGCUUGUUGGGAUUUCAUAUAUAUAUGGCUUGCAAAGAUUUUGUGAAGAUAUAGAGAUGAUGAUUGGAUUCCAGCCAAGUAAAUUCUGGAGAAUCUGUUGGGCAUUUGUGACCCCAACUAUUUUAACUUUUAUUCUUUGCUUCAGUUUUUACCAAUGGGAACCAAUGACCUAUGGAGCUUACCAUUAUCCAGGCUGGUCGAUGGUCCUUGGGUGGCUGAUGCUGGCCUGCUCUGUUAUUUGGAUCCCUAUUAUGUUUGUGAUAAAAAUGCACCUAGCCCCUGGCAAAUUUAUUGAGAGGCUCAAGCUGGUCUGCUCUCCACAGCCUGACUGGGGCCCAUUUUUGGCUAAACACCGUGGUGAACGUUACAAGAAUAUGAUUGAUCCACUGGGAACUUCCUCCCUUGGACUUAAACUGCCAGUGAAAGAUUUAGAAUUGGGAACCCAAUGCUAGUAAUUUCUAUAUUGGUGGCAAUAAUGUGUACAGCCUUUUUCAUUUUUCUUUUAUUAGUUUGUCUCCUUUGUUCUUUUUCACAGAUGCUAAAAGUGGUUGCUUAGAAAGUAGGACUUAUUGUUGCAUGCUGUAGUGAAGAACUAGACGGCCACUUUAAGUACUGUUUUUUUUUGUUUGUUUUUUGUUUUGUUUUUUUUUAGUGGUGCCCAUGACCUAUUAUUUCCACUGUGAAAUAGUAACAUGACAUUGUGCAACUGGUCAAACCUCUUUUUAAAAAAAAAAAAGGGUCAUGCACAGCCCAACAGAAAUGACUGUUGAGUUUAACCAUUUAGAUAGGGAAAUGGUUUCUGCCCAUUUAGGGCCAAUUCUACUCUGUUGCAACCCCUUUUGACAUGGGACUGAGAAUUCCUUAUUAGUGUAACUGAAAGGAGAGUUUGACCAUUGGGAUGGCAUGGGAAGGACUGAGUGGAUAGUGUGGCCCAUUUGGCCAGAUUCUGACCUCUGUAAUAUUGAUGUAAAUCCAGAGUGACACCACUAGCCCUGAUGGAGUCACUCUACAUUUACCCUGAUAGCAGAAUGUGGCCUGCAGAGUCUGCAAACAAUCCUUCUAUUAAAUAAGUACUGAUUAUACCAAAGCUUAUUUCAAGGCUUUCUGACUCAAUCAAGGAGCUAACCUUUAAACACCAAGCACUGGUAUCAGAUGCAGGACAUCAAAACAGGAAGAGCUUAACGAGCCAUUCAACACUUUUGAGGAGAAAAAUAAAAGCACCUACAAAAUGUAUUUGAGAUCAGGACUAAUGUUGUAUUUGAGUCUGAAAGUUGGUUUGAAAUAGAGCCAUGAUGAGGCAGAUGGGCACCACUAUUUUAAUUUAUUUCAUGCAUUCUCAUUAAUAAUUUGAUAUGUCUUUUUCAUUAAAAAUGCCUCAGUUACACUGAGUAUCUAAACUUCACUGGCAAACUGCACACAUAAGUACAAACCCAGUUUUAUUCACUCUAUCCGAGUAUUCUGAACGUAUUUCUUUGCUAUCUUCACUUUUGUUUAAAAUCUCCCGUAAAGAAGCCAUCAUAUAAUUUGUGCCUAAUUUUAUAUUCUUACAGUAGUAGAUGUAUUCUAGUUUCCACAUGACAACAAUUAUUAGAAUGUAGGUGUGCUGUUCAACUUUGUGAUUCCCCUAUUUGUUCUCUUAUAAACUUCUUUAUAUAACCUGUAGCUAUAUUCUUCUCUUUCAGCCAAAGGGGAAAUAACUGAACCCCUAUUUCUGUCUCUCUCUAUAGUGUGUGUGUAUAUAUACAUACAUAUAUAAAUUCUUCAAGACAAUAUCCUCGUAUAACAAUCUGAGCUGUGCAUAGUUUGCUUUCCUUAAAUUUUUUUACUGUCAACCUUUUCAUUAAAAACAAUUAAAUACAAUAAAGUGAUAAGACUGGAUAGACAAAAUUAUAAGGAAGAGAAUGCAUACUUUAGUAGAUUGUUGUUUUAACAUUGCAUUGCAGUAGUACAUCCUCUAUCACUGCAUUUAGAAAUCCAGUAAAUGUAUGCCAAUCUGAGUGUUAGUCUUAAAUAUUUCUGCUACCUAAUGGGCAGAGUAAAAAUAGAGAUUUUAAGAGUACCUUUAAUUAACUGAAUAUAAAUUACCCCAAAUUAUUGUAAAGUGCACUAUAAAGAGGGAGAAAAAUAUGUCUUCAGUAAAUUGGCAAAACUGCAACCUUUAUUAUGCUGUUGUAUUCUAUACAUACAUAUGAGAUUUUUAAGAGUGAUCAGUGUUCAUGUAGUGCGUACUAGUGAUGUUUUAUGUCCCUAUAAAUAUCUUAUCAACCAGUGUAGAGAUAUGGUGAGUUUAGAGUAGUGUAGCCUGAGUUUUUUCCCCACUAUUGUAGUAGCCAAUCUAAAUGUAAUUUCCUUUCGGGGGACUGUUUAUAUCAUGUUCUUUUUUUGAGUUCACAUUACAGGGUCUCAGGUAAAUCUUCAGUUAAAAUGUGUCUGUAGAUGUGAUGUUUUCAUCCUGUUGAAGAAAAUAAAAACAAACAAAAACUAGACCUUAAUGUAACAUUUACAAAAUAAAUAAUUUAUUUUGUAUAUAGAUAUUAAAAAAUCAUUUUGCUGAACUUUCUCUUUUAUGGGGCAAAUAGUGUUGCCAGUUAUUGACACUGCUAGGGAUAUUCAAUCCUCAGGCAGCAUACAUGAAGCACAAUCAAAUAUUUGUCGUUAAAUGACGUGGGAAUAGAUUUUGAAGCAUUGGCCCCUAAAUCUGUCUUAUGGUUUUUUCUGUUUGUUGUCUUUACUUGUCCCAGUAUUGCACAGAACAUUAAGAUCGCGACCCUUCCACAAGCAUCUCUGCCUUAAAGCUGCACCAACUUGAUUUGGCUUUGCCAGCUGAUUCAAUAGAGAGCUGCUAUUCUAACUUGUUCUUGGGUUUAUUUCCCUGUGUGAGCAAUAUUUGAGGAGCUACCCCUUUCUUGGCAUAAUGAAAUUUCAUAAAUACAAGAUGAAAAUUAGCUCCUCCAAGCCUCUCUGGCUGGAGUAAAAAGGAAAAUUGUCUCACAUUAAAUGAAUUACCAGCUCUCUUCCCAACAAGUAGGGUGAAGAAGGAAGCCUAAAUCAAUCAGCGCCAUCUAUUGGGAAUGGUGUAUUUUCACCAGGAUGAACAAUACUUGGCCUCUUUUUUUACCCUUACUGGCUAAAACCUGAGCUUGACUUUUUUUGGAGCCCAACCCAAUUUAUACUAAUUACUGCCUUUGUGAUUUAAAAAAAAAAAAUACUAUCGAUGUUGCCGUGUUUGUUAGGAAAUGGUGAGUUAGUCUAAUAGUUGUGAAUCCUUUUCACUUUCUGGCUCGUUUUUCAGAAGACACAUUUAUUUGAACUGGAAUUAACUAACUCUGUAAAGUGCAACUGGUAACUUCCAAUGUGUAAGGAUAUCACUUGCUUACUUCCUGUUUUAAAAGUGUAAAGAUAAAUCAUUUGCAGGGACACUGUUAGGUUAACAAUAAAAUAAUACAAAUAAAACAUUACUAACUGUGUCAUUAGUUAAGCUACUAAAAGGGAGAGAAUAUGAAAAAUAAUAAUUUUUCAAGAUUUAUGUACUUGUAGUGUUUUACUGUUUUUUAUUUUUAUUUAUUUAUUUAUUUUGCACUUCACUCAGGCUUUGGUUCUGCUCCCACUGAAGUCAGUGGCACAGAAUCAGGCUUUCAGUUGAAACACUGAAUAGACUAGUCAGUUUCAUUUUGUUUCUAGUCAGUUUCACUUUCUGGUUUUUAUGUGCCAGUGUUUGGCUUGCAAAAACUGCAGGGGAAAUUUUAACUAAAAGAAAAAAACCUAUUUUCAGUUUAACUGAAAAAGUGGAAAUACUUCUGUUAUGUUUUUAAAAAGCUUUAAAUAUAUUUACCAAAACUAAAAGUUGAGAUUAAAUUACGCAGAGGUGUCCCUUUAAGUGAAAAGUAAUGUUACAGUUGGGGAAAGCACUUUAUCAUUGUCUAGUAAAGUUUGCACAUACGGCAUUUUAUAACAUGAAAGUAUUUCAGUAACUGAUUAAAUAUCAGAAAAUAUUUUAAAGAGGGGAAAAAGCCAUAUUUUCAUAAAGGUGACCUAUUUACAUGCUGGUCUAUCAGUCUUGUAAGGAAAAAAAAUUCAAAACUGAUGAGGUUUGCCUCUAUUGCAAUUUUUUAAAAAUGAGAUUGAAUUUCUGGACAAGCUGAGAUGCACUAUUAUAUGCAUUAAAAUUAUACUUAAUGCAAAUCAUUGCCAUUUUCAAAUUCUUUGGGGGUCUUCCUAGUGUUUUUAAAAUGCAAGCAAUAUACAAAAUCUGUGUUUCAGUUAGACACAGCAGCACAUUGAUUCCAAAAGAAGGGUUUAACAAAAUGACCUUUAAUUGAAAAAGACUUGAAAUGUCUUUAUACUAAUGUUUCAUUUGGGUCAAGUUAUCCUUUUGUUAGGUUCUGCUCCAUUGAUUGUAUAGAUGUGCCUCAGUGCCGAAGAUCAUCACCUCCCAUUUAUUGUGGUUUCCUCCUGCCAUUUCCAAUUCAUUUGUUUUAUCACUGACCCUUUAUUCGAAUACACACAGUCAUGCGGCUUAUAAUGAUCUCUUGCUAGCUGUGUUUUAAUGGUUGCUUUCUCAUGCAGACAUUGAUUUUUAUUUUAUUUUGCAUCUUUCUCUAUUUUGCAAUCUCAAUUUAAGAAAGACUGUUGAUGUUUGCAGUUGAAGGCUGCAUGGCUUUGGCAUGCACUGCUCAUGGUUAGGAAGUGUUUUAGCUAGGUUUCCUAAAAGCUGCCACUAGGUCUAGUGGGUUUAUGAGACGCUUGUUUCUGAGCUUGUACUUAAACUUCCUGUAAAUAAUGUACUGUAUUUGUGAAAUGGCUGGAGCUUAGUAUUCCAGGGGACUCAUGCCAUAGACUCAGAGGGAGAAAACCAUUUAUGGUAUUUAUGAUUUCUGCCUUUGUCACCUUCAGGCAGCCUAUAACUAAAGAGAGACCGCUUUAUUGAUGGGUUUAAUUUAAAAUGUGAGAGCUGGGCUGGACCUCAUGGCUUGCAUUAUUAUGAUUUGCCCGUCAUGUUUUAAAUACAUCUUCAGGUAACCAUUUGCCUUAUAGGUGUAUUUCAUUGUUAGAAAUAUAAUUAUUGUUGACUAGAAUAUUUUAUCGUCUGUAACCAAUAGCGUGUAGUGUACUUUGUGGGGCAGAUCCUUAGCUGGUACAAGUUGUCACAGCUCCAUUGCAGUCAAUAGAGUUGUGACAGUUUACACCAGCUGAGGAUCUGCGCCUGUGUCUUUUUGGCACUUUAUUGUGGACCUAUCACUGAAUAGGUUAAUUCUUAAUUACUUGCGUAAUGUCAUAUACUUACAGGCAUUCUAUGGGGGUACUGCUGCCUAUGGAUAAAGAUAUGUACCCUAAUCAGGUUGUUGUAUUUUUUCAUUAGCUAUACAUGGAGAAAAUAUAUUAUGUUACAAAGGAUGCAUCAUAUAUCUUAUAUAGCACAUAUUAUAUGCUGUACAUUAUUCAUUUAAGAAGUCAUUCU